GCUCCACGCUUCCGUUUCCGACAGUCUGUGGUAGUAUGCGGUUCGGCGAUGGCGGCCGGCGGCAGUGAUCCGCGGACGGGCGACGUGGAAGAGGACGCUUCACAGCUUAUCUUUCCCAAAGAGUUUGAAACAGCCGAGACUCUUCUAAAUUCAGAAGUUCAUAUGCUUCUGGAGCAUCGAAAGCAACAAAAUGAGAGUGCAGAAGAUGAGCAGGAACUCUCAGGAGUCUUCAUGAAAACUUUAAACUAUACUUCCCGUUUCAGUCAUUUCAAAAAUCGAGAGACCAUCGCAAGUGUCCGUAGCUUGCUGCUCCAGAAAAAACUGCAUAAAUUUGAGUUGGCCUGUUUGGCCAAUCUUUGCCCAGAGACUGCUGAGGAGUCCAAGGCUCUGAUUCCAAGCCUAGAGGGGCGGUUUGAAGAUGAGGAACUGCAGCAGAUUCUUGAUGAUAUCCAGACAAAGCGCAGUUUUCAAUAUUAAUCUCCAAACUUCACUCAGCUUCUUGGGAGAACCAUGUUCCAGCACAACACCACCCUCCCAGGGGCUGGGUCUGCCUUGCAUAGAACUAUUGGAGAAGACAUUUGGAUUUUGUGAAGAGGACAGCCUAUCUUGGUGUGGGUUUAGGUUGCUGUUUCAAAUUUGACUGUUAGACAUAAUGACCAUGUAAUCUUAAAGCAGCCUUGUAGUGACUGCCUAAGCUUGCUGCUGGGAAGGGUGAGGGUGGGGUGUUAUAUAAGCCACACUGUUGACUAUCUCAUACUGUGAUUUUGGACCCCACAUUUUUAUUCAUAACAUUUCAUAUUUUGAAAUUUUGUGUUUGUAGUUUUUGAAACUAAAGUAGAACAUAGAAGACUUCUGUAGGGAAAGAACAGUAUUACCUAGAUGCAAAAGGAAGAAUUAAGCCAGACCAAUAUCAUUGUUUCAAAUUAUUAAAGGAAGGGUGUGAGUGUUAAUAACUGUGAGAUCCUUGCCAUCCUUGUGCUUAACCCAGGAAACAGGGAGGAGGCAUUUCAUGGGAAGCAGUUACACCUGGGUAUAAUUGUGCCAUGAGGUGUGCUCUUUAGCCUGGAAAUAGACAGAUAUUUUGUCUCUUUUUCCUUGGGCGGUAUUGCAGAAUAUGGAUAAGUAGCAGCCCACAGAACUCAUUUGUCACCGAGUUAAGAUUUUUUUCUUCAGUUGGGCACUGACACACACCUGUAUUUCCAACCACUUGGGAGGCAAAGGCAGGAGGACCACUUAAAUGCAGGAGUUCAAGACCAACUUAGGCAAUGUAGCAAAACCUUGUCUCGAGAGAAAUUGGAGGGGUAGAGAUGUAGCUCAGUGGUAGAACACUCACCAUGCAUGUGAAAGGCCCUGGAUGCCAUCCCAGCAGAGAAAAAAAUAAUGUUUUCUUUCAUAGAUAAGACUUGAAGGUCUGAACUCUUUGAAGUCUUUUUCUCUUAUGGGGCAUCCAUUCCAAACCUCUCACUUGCUACUUAGCAACAGGUGUUCUGUGAUGGGGUUGAUUUGGAUGGAGGCAAUAAGACCCUUCCUGAGCCACUGCAGUGAAGUCACUCAACCUGAGGCAAGUAGUGUAUGCUAAUAGCCAAACAUUGUAGCUAUGAUUUUUCUGAAGGGAAAUAUUUGUGUUUUCUUCACAGUUAGAAUUUUUUUCUUUCUGACACUUUGUAUAUGCACUUUGUAUAUGAACUCGUGAUCCUAAGAGGAAAUUGGGGAAAGAACAAAGUUGGUUUUAAAAGUCAAAAUAGUUUUGUCAGGUGAGGUGGUACAUGCCUGUAAUCUCAGUGACUCAGGAAGCUUGGUCAGGAGGAUUGCAAAAUCAAGUCCAGCCUCAGCAACUAGGUG